UCAAUCCUUCCAAGUUCCCACAUUUAUCUUCUUCGUUACAUAUAAAGGAGUUGCCCAAAUCCAUCGAAGUGUGCAAGUAUUUUGACAGAAUGAAGAAAGAGGGCAAACCCAGAAACAUGAUCUUGAAAUUUCUGCCAAAAGCAGUUUCGGCUGUUGUCAGUGUGGGCUUUCAGAACCCUCCGUUCAGCCCAAGCAGAGACAAGCGAGCAAUUAGUGCAGGCAAAGGGUUGCUGCAUUGUCCGAUCGUUUCGAUAAUCCCCGACGAAGCUCGAAGAAAAGCAGAGGCUGGAACCAUGGAAACUCAAGAACCAACUUCACCCAAGGUGUCAUGCAUAGGACAGAUAAAGCACAAGAAAAACAUCAGAAAAGCUAAGCGUUAUUUGAAGGCCGUAUCUGAGUCGACGCAUAAAUAUUCUUCUCCUAGAGAAAUAAAGAAGCAAGAGAAAGAGUUGGGUGAUGACGAUAGUGCGCCAUCUUUGGGUCAAGUGAAGCGGUUUGCGAGUGGAAGUGAUGGUCUUGCUAGUUUUGAUUGGACGGCUAAUAUUGCAGAACACGUGGAAGCAGAUCAGCACAGAGAUUUUUACUCUUAUGAAGAGGAAAGAGAGCAUAGUGACCUUGAAGAAGAAGUGAUGGUUCCUUUCACAGGGUUGGCUUUGCAGCCAAGGAAAGAAAUUAACAUAUGGAAAAGAAGAGCCACGAAUCCACCAACGCCUCUUCAGUUGAAAUCCUAA